AUUAUAAACUUGAAACACGAUACAGGGACCAAUUAUAGAUAACUUGGGAUGGAACUCCUAUUAUUGACAGUGAAACACAUGAUAUAGACACUACUAUCCCUGCCACCGUUGAUGGGACUCGAGAUUAUCUGAAGUGUGGACGAAGGUUUGUGAAAGGUGGAUGACAAAGCAACAAUCAAUGGGUGUACACAACUAAUCCUUGGCGAGUGUGGUUAAGGUGAUGUGUGGCGGGCAACGACAGGAGGCGGUGGGCGUGGUGGUGAUGGGUGGGUUGGGGGUGGUGGUGUUGCGGGUGGUGGUGGAGCACGUGACGGUGGAGGAGCCAGGCCAGGUCUGAGGAGCCUCCCCUCGGAGCCCCAGCACCUCGCUAUCGCAGCCAGAAUCAGUGGAUGUGAUAAUGGCAGGGCUGUGUGGGUGCUGGAAGCUGUCCUCACACGGCCACUGCGAUGGGUGUGGGUACAAGGUGCUGCUGCGGGGGGCCCUCAACCCAGGCGGCCAGCCUUUCAAGUCGGCGCAACAGCUACCUCAGCCAGUCCUUAUUAAGAAGGAAAAGAAAGAUGAGUCUCAGUUCUCACCGAUUGAGACCCCCAUCAGACAGUUACAGUCGUCGCCCUCCCAGCACCGACGCUACUCACACCCGUUCCACCUCAUGACUGAGAGCCUGGGCGAGAAGCCCCAGGAGUCACAGACACAGUCGCACAGCCUCCAACGGCGGCACCCGCAUGCCCUACCGCAGUCUUCCGCUUACAAUGUGCCACUGUCGACGGACCCAUCACUGCCGCCCAGGGAGCCCCUGCGGCACCCGUGGUCCCAGGUGCAGGGCGCCAGCGGGGGACACGAUCCGUGCAGUAGGUACAUGAACGAACACCCACCGGAGCAGCAGUGGGGAGGGUGUCGCCUGGGGUCUGUCUACCCCCACCAGAUGUUGCUCAGCACUAUGCAGCCGCCCGAGGAGCUGCGGGCGCCCAGUCGGCCUCCGGUCCACCCGUCCCUCCAGCCUCUAGACGCCGUCCUACAAGACAUCCCGCACAUCCCGUCGCUGCCGUCGUCACCACGUCCGGGCCAGAGACCGCCGCCCUUCGAGCUCAGCUCCUUCAUACCGCCGCUGUCUCCGAGCGUGUUCGCUAACCUAGGGGACGUCGGAUUCUUCAGCGGGGUGCUGGCCCUGGGCCCCGCCCUCAACCUACAUACUCGCUAUCACGCCCUGAGUCUGGCGCGGGCGUCCUCCAGGUCCCACACUGAUCUCCGGGAGACCACGCCCCUCUCCUCAGCCUCCACCUCGCCCAAGUCCUCGUCAGGAUCACGACCAAACUCCAUGUAUAAUUCCUUCACUCUCCCGCCGCCGCCUCCGCCCCCCAGGGCAAGGAGGUUCAGCGUCAGGAAGCCUCAAGAGAGUAACCGAAGUCAACCAGCCAUCGGACUGAAGCAGACGCAGAAAGCUAGGGUGAGUACAUUACUGUAUGAGUUCCCCCGAUGUUUCAGAUGUUCAUUUUCUCUCAUGUUGGUGUGA